CCCCUCUCCUCCCUCUCCCGUCCAAAGCGCCGUCGUUCCGUGGAGGAAUCCAUAUUAUCCCAUAUCCACCGUCCCGUCCACAAUCCAGCUGUCCUCAGACAGCCCCGCCUCGUCGCCGGCAUCAUAAAGGCAUUCGUAACUCGAGUUCCUAACAUCUCACUACCCCUCCCAACUCUCAUCCUUCAUCACCAUGGCCAACGCGACGUCUUUCCUCAUCUGCCGUUGGGGCAACUGCGGCGCUCCCCUCGCCGAAUGCACAGCAAGCGCAGUGGAAAAGCACCUUAAGGAACGCCAUUUGAGCCCAUGGGACGCGAGGAACCGCACCCGCUGCCAAUGGAACGUAGGAGGAUGCGGCUGUGCAAUGACCGAUUUGGAAUACGCCCGCUUAGGCCAACACAUCUCCAGGACACACUUGAACCACUGAAGCUGCCGGUAGGGUGUCAAAGAGUUUUUUUUCUUCCUUCGAUGUUCUUGCUGCAUGACACUGUUUGCCCUCGAUACCCACAUGCGAUGGACAGUUACGACCUUGGAUUUUGUUAUGACACGUCCGUUGUGUGCUUGCUGUAUACAACCUUACGACAUUUACCGCUACGCAUGCUUGUUUUAUGUUAUUUGUCCAGAAGUUCCCUCUGAGGGACGCCUUCGAUGUGACGAAGCGAUCGAUAGCAGGGCCCCAU